GCUGUUUCUGGGGCAUGUGUUCACUAGCGUAGCCGAUUGCAGGAAAGACGCCACGUUACAAAAAACCGCUGCCGGUUUGCCUUAUAUUGCCACACUAAUCACCGAAAAAGCUAAACCUAUAAUGUAACUGAGGUGGAACAAAACAUCAAAGCAACAAAACAAGGCUUCCGUGGAACCCUUUACAUUGUUUUAAGACGAGAAAAGAGUCUGUAGAUAUCCAGAAUUCUUCAGUAAAUCGCUGAAAGUAUGCGACGUCGGACUGCGAACGGUGAAACCACUGUGAACCAGGCACAUGGAGAGAAUCGAUCAGAUUCUCACGGACCCCAUCAUCAUCAUCAUCACCAACAGACACACAACACCCAGAGCAGCCGACCUGGUAUCCUCUCACAGAUCUUCUCCUGGGGUUGGAAGAUUGCAGUGGUGGCCCUAAUCGCUCCACCAUUCUUGAAUUAUGCCUCCUUGAAGAAUGAAGAAAUGCACUUAAAGCCAGAAGGUCAACUUUAUGACAUUGGUUGGGGUCAGAGGUUAUUUAUGAAAUGUCAAGGUGAUGGACCUCCUACUGUGAUACUCGAUGCCCCCACAGGAAUGUCAUCUGAUGUCUGGUCUCUUGUAUGGCCUGAAAUUGCUAAUGUGACAAGAGUUUGUAUAUUUGACCGUGCUGGCUUAGGGUACAGUGAUCGGCCCCGUGAGAACUUUACCUCGACUGAUGGCUCAGAAGGGAAAUCGAAUUAUCGUAACCGUUGGGAACCAUUCACAGUAGAGAGGAUGGCUGAUGAUAUGCGACACUUGUUUACUUUGAGCAGCCAACAGCCGAAACCUUUCAUCCUGGUCGGCUCCGAACUCAGUGCACUUUCUGCAUAUUUCUAUGCUCAGAUGCACGAAAAUGAUGUUACUGGAUUGGUAAUGAUCAAUCCAAUUGCAGAUGAACUCUUUGAUUCUGACAAUGGCUUAUGGUCUCGUUAUUGGUUUGGUAAAAUAAUUCCUGAUUUGCAACUUCUUCAAUUUGGUGCUUCUCUUGGAAUCUCAAGAAUAGCCAUCCAUUUUGGAUUUUUAGAACAACCUUUGAGAGAGACUUCAAUCACUGAACAGGUGAAGAACAGGCAGAAAUAUCUCUUAUGUCAUCCCAAACAUCUUAGUUCAGCAGUUGAUGAACAUCACUUUAUUAAUGAAUCUAUAUCACAGAUUAGGUUGGCAAGAAUUAUGAAGAAUUUACCAAGCAAUAUGACAACAACAGUAAUUUCUGGAAACAUGUAUGAUAAAACACUUUCACGAGAACUUAAUGAGGCUUGGGCUCGUAGCGAGCGGAAAAUGAUCCAAAAAUUCUUCAGCAAUGCCCACCAUAUUAUCAUAAAUGGCGUCGACCAUCAUAUGAUGUACAAGAAACCUGCAGCUGUGAUAAAACCAAUUUUAGAGAUUGUUCAGAACUGGAAAGACCAGCCGUCAGUGUGACUAGAGUCGGGUUAUGCUACGAAACUAAAUCUCUAUAAUUAUUGAUUGUUGAUCAUGGUGGUGGUGGUGAUGAUGAUGAUGAUGAUAUUUACUUGAUUUCUGAAGAGAAGCGGAAGAGCACAUACCAUUUUAUUGUUUUUUUUUUGUGCUGUGGGAGAGGUGCACAGAUGGACAAUCAGUUAAACCAACCCCCAUCCCCCACCCGUCCCCUACUACUACCUGAUCUAUCAAAUGGACAGAAGAAUAUUCCUUAGCAAAUAAAAUAUAUUUUUUUUUUU